AUGACGAUGAACGGAGACGGACAAAGUGCUCUUCAUCUGAAGAUUCAGCUGACACUUCCUUCCCCUCUGCUCCGACCAGAAGCCGCCACGCCGGCUCGCCCUCCCCCACUGCCGGUCGGCCGUUUUCCCCGCGCUCCGCUCCUCCUCCACCGACGGCGGCAGCGGUGGCGUUUCGCCGAAACCAUUACGUCAACACUGGGCCGGUGCGCGGAGCUAGCGGCGAGGCGCACGCCGCCGCCGCCACCGCCGGAGGCGAGGCUUUUUGAGCGAGAGGACCCGAGGCCCGAGGCCACAGCGCGCGCAGCCUCUGCGCCCGCCGCCGGACCGGGCGCGCAAGAGGAACCCCGGACGGACGACGCGAAACAGCAGGCAGCAGCGAACCCGCGACAUGCGCCGGAGCGCGCCGCCGGUGGCCCGAGCCGAACCCGGCUGAGGAGACGGGGCCGACCGAGAACGCAACAGGCGGUCAGCACGUCCCCCCCUCCCGACCGCCCCCCCCACCUACCCCCUCCAAAAACUUUGGCUGUGCUUUUGACUUUUGUGUUCGCUCCUCUUUCCACUCCUCCGAAAACCCCGCCGGUGGUGCUUCGGUGA